AUGACGCGGCUCGUUGGACUGGAUGCGUGCCCUGGCGUCACAUCAUUGGACGUCUCCUGGAACGCGUUGACAGAGCUAGAUUCUGCAUGCCUCGAAGGAUGCAAGGAGCUGUGGAUCGUCGAUGCUUCCCAUAAUCGGCUCGAGUCCCUCGGUGGUCUGUCCCGUGUGAUGGCAUUGGGCUACCUCAACCUCUCGAGCAACUUCAUCCCAUUAGACGGUCUCCGACCUCUUGCCCGCGCCCAUAUACUGGAGCUUUCACUGGGCAGCGGCCGCUCUUCCGAAGAGCGGCGACGGACGCUCUGCGCGUUACCAAAUUUGUGGGUGCUAGAUGAUGAGUUUGUCACCGCCGAAGAGCGGCGGAUCGCUGAUGACAGUCACCAACACAACGGGAGCGGUGGGGGUGCAACGAGUGACCACCUCUUGCCAACGUGGAACCAACCUUCGCCGAAGCGAGACAAAACACGGGACAAGGACGGCAGCACGGCGAUUGCCUCGCCUUCCAGCAUCGUCGUUGUCAAAGAUGUGGGAAGACAUCACCCAUCGCAGAAACAAAAAGCGUCAGCGUACAAAUCUGGGUUUGUGGAUUUGGAAACACAAGGCCAUCUUACGCAAGACUUCUACGAGAACGUCGUGUGGAAAAUCCCCUCCAGGCAGCAAAGAGACCUGCUCGAGGCCCUUCCCCCCAUCAUUACGGGUAUUGACGUGGACCAUGUCUUCGAGAGUUGGGAAGAUUCCUCGGGGCACGCGAGGGGCUCAAACCAAGAGGGGGAAGCGGCGUGGGGGGCCGACGACGAGGCGGGAGCUACUGGCCUCGGCAGCAUCGAGGCAAACGUGCCGCCGCGUGGGAUCGGGCUAACGCGCUUGUGUCGGAGAGCGGUGAUCCUGUUCACCCGAAGCCCGGCGUGUCCCGAACUGGUGGCGUGGAAGACCUCCCCGAUGGACCAACGGGCGUACGACCAGAUGGAGCCGCUCCUAGCACGAGCGAAACUUAGCCAUGACGACCUUCACCCGACAUCGGUGGUGGCUAUUGGGGCUAUUGGCACCUUUCCUGGCUUCCCCAUUGCGACCUUGUGCUCUUUACCCUCGCAGUCGUUCGGUGGGGAAGUUCAUGGUGACCACAGGAGAGAUGGAUUGGGGUGGGGGUCUGUCGUGCCGUCGCGCCAUCGUUCACCGAGGACCCCGUGUUUCCAUCUCGAUCCACUCCCGGCCGACGACGAUAGCGGCGAUCGCGGGGGCGUAUGUGCCACUCAACAGGCGGCUUCGGUGGACAGUUCAUCGCCCCCGGAUGCCGGCUUCUGGCGGGCAAACAUUCGACGGCCGAGAUCUGGAGAAAGGGUGCAGGUCCUUUGCGGUACAUGGUCGGUGAUCGUCACCGUUGAUCCCGAGGCCUUCUUGGUGACAGUGGCACCCUUCGAAAGUAUCCAAAGCUCGGCCUACCGUGGCGACGUGCGCAUCGACUCCCGCGACCUCUACUACGACCCCCGGGGCUGGUGGUGUCACGUCCCCGCAUUAGCCGGUAACGCCACGGCAGGGCCCAGUAGGUUGCACCGGCAGUCCCGCGGGCUGUCGGCCAGCGGCCUCCCUCGAGGCGCGGGGAGCUUAAACGAAGCGUUGGAGGAAGGUGAUGGGGACGAACCGUCUCAGAUUCUGAACGGGCGCCCGUCUGGUGGAGACCGAGAAGUAAUUGUCGAUUCGUCCCGGAACUACACGGGAUCGGCACCCGUCUCCGAGAAUUUUUCUCCCGCCGUGUCAACAGAGCCAUCGACGGCGAACGGUUUGACGGCCUCUAGCAACGCCGCUGCUGCCCCCUCCAACUUGUCACCUACUCCUUCGGUCCUCCGCAUCCAUCUUUGCCCCAAAAACAACGUCGUCGACGUUUUCAGCGCGGAAGGAUCGUGGGACCCCGUUUUCGUGGUGGCGCCCCCGAGACUGGUGGGCCUGCAAAACCAGACGGCCGCUCUAAGGAUGGGAGGACGGAGGGCUAGACAGGUUGCAUGGUACCACAUCGACGGGUCUGAGGUAUCCGUCGCGCCUCGACCGACGAUGCCUCGCUGCACUUCCCUCACGAUGCCCUUCCGAGUUGGGGAUACACCUCCCCGUCAACUCCAACAGUCAGCUUCGACCUCUUCGAUCCCGAGGCUGUCCAGCAAGCACGCGCACCUCAGGUUGGCGGCCGUGGUGCCGAGCCAUGGAGGCGACAACAGCGUCUACGCACGGUUUUCGCAGUCGAGGGGCUUGUCGGUACCUUCGAUCAACACGAGCAGCUGCUCGAGGCCAGCGGCCGAGAAGGUUCCCACAUCUGCCGACGAAGCUUGGCUUGAGCUCCAGAGAGAAAUGGGAUCGCUGAAGGCAGACAACCGAAUGCUCGUCCGUGAUAGUAGCCGGGGCGGCGGCGGCGGCGGCGGGGGUAGCGGUGAGUGCAUUAACACCUCCACAAUAUCCGCGUCGUCGCCAGCUAUGUCGGUGGUGACGAAGUCUCUCGCGGAAAACUCAACGGUCGGCGCCCAGGCAACAACGAAUAUGUUGGCGAAGACUCUGACGCGAACGCUAGACAGCCCUCUAUCUGCUUGGAAAGGAGGCAACCCAGUGAGCGCAACGGCGACGGUUUUCGAGCUGACGCAAGUGGACGGUAGACCAGAGAAAGACGCAGGGGAAGGUGCCAGCAGUCCUAGCAGCGCUUCCCUUGCACAUGAGACGACGAGGUCGACAGAUAUCUGGCGGGUCGACAACCAGCAACAAGAGGUUUCCCCUCCAGAGGAUUGCUCGAAACAAGUACGGAUGGGAGAAGGAGACAAGCCUGACGCCACCGCAUCCUCCCAUCGUCGACGACGAAUCCCGGACGACGGCAACUCCACGGCAGCGUCUGCGACGACCAGAAAAUGGAAACCGAAUGCUUCUCGGCCUCUUGAGUGGUUCCCUGUUCCCGGCAAACAGGUAUUUCUUGUUGAUCCCAACGACGUAAUGGCAGCCCCCGCGGCAGAGCCAGUUGGUCGGCCAGUCGAAAGCGACACGUCAAACACAUCUAACGUCCCACCAGAAGACCAAGGUGCGGAAGGUGGCAGCGGUGGCAACUGUGGUAGUAGCGAGAGUCGCCAUGCUGUGGGUGGGGAGGAUGCCGUGGAGCAGGACCCGGCGGGAAAGCGGGGCGGUCAAGUGAACGAGAAAAGACGAAUAGAUUCGGGCAAGGGGAAGACGGGCGGGGGGUCGCCCUCGACGCGGUCACCCUUUCCCACCGCGGCCGUGCUGAACAAUAGUCUGCUCUCUCCAGCAACCAACAGAGACACGGGGGUGACGCCGAGAAUCUGGACGAGGAGCCGACGAGCGAGGUCUAGCCAGUCGUUACGUAGUGCUGGUGCUCUUGGAGCUAUCGGCGGGCACAAAUCCAACGGCCUCUUGGCCGACGCCUUACGGCCGGAGUCGCCCGGCUCAUUGGGCGUGAUGACGAGCUCCUCGACGCAGGUGCGGUUGGAAAUCGACCCAGACGAUGAAAGAUCAAGAGGAUUCCAUCGCCGUGAGGAAGGACAUCGUCGCGAGACGCGGCAGUGCGUCGAAGCGAGCGAUGUUGGCUCCGGGCUAGCGGUGACCCCGGGCGUCCGGCCAAUGGUUUCCGGUUCAACCGGCCAACGCCCCGCUCGAACCAAGGCCGUCGCGCCACAUUGGCGACACGACAAAACACAGCCAGCGCGACGUCUACCUCAAUGCCAGCGGUUGACGAUCUCUGGGUUGGAGGGUGCUAAGGACGCCGGCAGCACAAGUGGCGAUCUUGGGAGGUUGCCAACGUUUUCACCAAGUGAGAGUCCGGAGCUUGAGAGCAGCUGCAGGAACCUCGGCGCUGUUCGCGAUAAGAGUUGUCGGGGCGCACCCCCGAGUGGUCGGAUUCUAAAAAGCAGCUUUGCUAGAGGGAACCGUGGUGGGGUGCGCGUCAAGGCGCGGCCAGCGAGCCCUCAUCAUUUAGACAGCGGCUUGGACGAGCGUUUGUCCAUCAGCAGUGCUGCAACUAGCAACAACAACAGCUGCUGCGGGUGGCAAAAGAGCGACAGCAUGUAA